GCUGUAAUGGCUGCUCCCAGCCGUCUCGCAGCUACGCUAUUUCGGGUGGUGUCAGGGGUCGGGCAGUUGGGCCCCAGUGCCGCGAGGGAGCGGGGGCUCCGGCUUUCCUCGCUCUUUGACUGUCAGCGGAGGUGCGUGUCCUGUUUCGCGGGCGCCGCCUUCUCUGGUCCCCGCCUGUCCUCUGCCUCUCGCCGUUAUGGCCAGAGCUCAGCCUUGGACCGCUUCCUUGGACUCUCUCAGCCGGACAGUUCGUUGACUUCUCACCCUCCCGGCGUGUCUAUGCACAGAGAUGAGCAGGAUCUCCUAUUGGUCCAUCAUCCCAACAUGCCUGAGAACCCCCGGGUCCUACGAGUCGUCAUCCUGGGUGCCCCGAAUGCAGGGAAGUCAACACUCUCCAACCAGCUGCUGGGUCGGAAAGUGUUCCCUGUCUCCAAGAAGGUGCACACCACUCGCUGCCAAGCUCUGGGGGUCAUCACGGAGAAAGAGGCCCAGGUGAUUCUACUUGACACCCCUGGCCUCAUCAGCCCUGUUAAACAGAAAAGGCACCAUCUGGAACUUUCUUUGUUGGAAGAUCCAUGGAAGAGCAUGGAAUCUGCUGAUCUGGUUGUGGUCCUUGUGGAUGUCUCAGACAAGUGGACUCGGAACCAGCUCAGCCCUCAGGUGCUCCAGUGCCUGACUCAGUUCUCGCAAGUCCCUAGCAUCCUUGUCAUGAACAAGGUAGAUUGCCUGAAGCAGAAGUCUGUUCUUUUGGAGCUCACAGCAGCCCUUACUGAAGGUGUGGUCAAUGGCAAGAAGCUCAAGAUGAGGCAGGCCCUUCGCUCACAGCCUGGCACUCCGUGCCCCAGCCCAGCAGCUGAGGGCCCAAAAACACAGUCUGUGGGAGGCCCUCAGAGGAUCGGCUGGCCCCACUUCCAGGAGAUCUUCAUGUUGUCAGCCCUAAGCCAAGAGGAUGUGAAAACACUAAAGCAAUACCUCCUGGCACAGGCCCGGCCAGGACCCUGGGAAUUCCACAGUGGAGUCCUCACUAGCCAGAUGCCUGAGGAGAUCUGUGCCAACAUCAUCCGAGAGAAGCUCCUAGAGCACCUGCCCCAGGAGAUUCCCUACAGUGUGCAGCAGAGGACAGUGAUGUGGGAGGAAGGGCCAAGCGGGGAGCUGGUGAUUGAACAGAAGCUUCUGGUGCUCAAAGAAUCUCAUGUGAGGAUCCUGAUUGGUCCAAAGGGGCGCUUGAUCUCCCAGAUUGCACAGGAGGUGGGCCGAGAUCUCAUGGACAUCUUCCUCUGCGAUGUUCAGCUGCGGCUCUCUGUGAAGCUUCUCACAUGACCGCUCUCAGCUGCCUUUCCCACGGCAUCCCAGCCCUAGCUGCUGGCAGGAGCCAGUGACCAGGAUGGCCCCUGCCUGGGAUGGGGACUGGUGAGAGGCAUGGGCACUGCCUGAUGGACUAACAGGCUGGCAUGGCCUUAAUGAGUCUGCCUAGGCCCUGCAUGACCACAUCUGUUGGAGGAAGAAACUUAGCUCAGUUACGGGGUCGUGCCUCUGCCUAGGAUUCCAGCUGCUUAGGUCUAGAAAUUGGCUCUUCAGUAGGAACAACACCACUCUGCAUCUGGCUGGCAUCGAACCCAGAGUUGGCCAGUUGGCUCCCUGAGUUGCCAGUUUUAGCAGAGAGGGCUUUUUCCUAUCGCCUCAGUUCCUCUACCUUAAAACCACGCUUAAGGACUUGUGGGUCCUAAGGGAGAUAGUGCCACUUGCCCCAUCCCUCUUCCCAGGCUCAAAUGCUAAUAAAAUUAAAAGACAAGCA